UGACUUGACGAGUUGCGUCGGUGUGCUGAUUGGGACUUUCAAGGAUCAAAAUUGAAUUGCGUGGGAGUGCCGAUUGGGAAUCUGAAUUCGCCUGUAACACAGGGUUUCCGUGAUCAACAAGGAAGUUAACGGUCACAAGCAGAUGGCUCAGGAAGCUCAUCAUCUUCAGGAAGAGCACCUCGACGUCCUCACCGAGUCCGGUGUCAAAACUGGCAUUUCCAAACCCAGGGGUGAUAUUCAUCGAGAUGGAGAUUACCAUCGAGCUGUUCAUGUGUGGAUUUUUGCUGAAAAUACUCAAGAACUUCUUCUCCAGCGUCGUGCUGACUGCAAAGAUUCCUGGCCUGGGUUGUGGGAUAUCUCCAGUGCUGGCCACAUAUCUGCUGGUGAUUCAUCGCUUGUGACAGCUUGGAGGGAGCUUCAAGAAGAGCUUGGUGUAAUCCUUCCUAAGGAUGCAUUUGAAAUGAUAUUCAUUUUUCUUCAGGACUGUGUCAUAAAUGACGGAAAAUUCAUAAAUAAAGAAUUUAAUGAUGUUUACCUGGUUACAACUUUGGAUCCAAUCCCUCUGGAGGCCUUUACUCUUCAGGAAACAGAAGUCUCUGCUGUUAAAUACAUUUCUUAUGAGGAAUAUAGAAGCGUACUUGCUAAAGAAGAUCCGGAAUAUGUCCCUUAUGAUGUAAAUGGACAAUAUGGCGAGCUUUUUCAUAUAAUUGAACGGAGGUACAAAGAAAGCACUGUGGCACGCAGUUUGGCUCUACAGAAGCAACUCCGUCGUUAUGCUCCUGUUUCACUUGAUGCAGAGUUGACUGGGCUUACGGAUGCAGACAGGGAAGCUUUGGUUUUACUUGUCAAUGCUGCAAAAGUUAUGGAUACAAUAUUUGACCUGCAGGUCUGGUAUAGUAAUCCAGCUUUAAGAGAUUGGUUAAAGGAGCAUGCUGAUGCAUCAGAGUUAGACAAGCUAAAAUGGAUGUAUUAUGUGAUUAAUAAGAGUCCAUGGUCUUGCCUCGAUGAGAAUGAGGCAUUUUUAACAACUGCCAAUUCAGCCAUUAAGUUGCUUCCUGAGGCCACAAGGCGAGUUAGUCAUUGGAAGGGCCUUGAAUAUAGAGCUGCAUUCCCCAUGCUGAAACCACCUGGUGCAAACUUCUAUCCUCCAGACAUGGACAAAAGGGAAUUUGAAUUAUGGAAGAGCAGUCUAACAGCGGAUCAACAACAGGAUGCAACUGGCUUUUUCAAUAUUAUCAAAAGGCAUAGUGAAUUUGGUCUGGAAUCUUCUUUGUCUUAUGAUACGGCUAACAUAACACAACAUUUGGUUGGUUCCACCCAUGAUCUGUACAUUGUUCCUUUCCCUCAAGAGUAUAAGCCCUACCUCAAAAAAGCCUCCGAAUUACUGCAAAAAGCUGGGGAUAUUACUAGCUCAUCUAGUUUGAAGAGACUGCUGCAUGGCAAAGCCAAUGCUCUGUGUUCAAAUGAUUAUUAUGAGUCAGAUAUAGCCUGGAUGGAGUUGGAUUCCAAGCUGGAUGUUACUAUUGGUCCCUAUGAGACAUAUGAAGAUACACUUUUUGGGUACAAGGCUACAUUUGAAGCAUUUAUUGGAGUUCGGGAUGACAAAGCAACUGCUCAGCUUAAACUCUUUGGUGAUAAUUUGAAGAUUCUUGAACAAAAUCUGCCAAUGGAAAGUGUGUACAAAUCUGAAGAUGUGACUGCUGCUCCUAUUCGUGUCAUUCACCUUCUUUAUAAUGCAGGGGAUGUAAAGGGCCCUCAAACCAUUGCUUUCAAUUUGCCAAAUGAUGAGCGUAUAGUAAAAGAUCGAGGAACAUCAAUGGUCAUGCUUAAGAAUGUUUCAGAGGCUAAGUUUAAGCAUAUUCUUCAACCUAUAGCUGAUGUUUGCAUUACAAAGGAACAACAAGGACUUGUAGAUUUUGAAUCCUUCUUCACUCACACAAUUUGCCAUGAGUGUUGCCAUGGGAUUGGGCCCCAUACCAUAACACUUCCAAACGGUGAAAAGUCUACAGUCAGAUUGGAACUUCAAGAACUCCACUCAGCUUUGGAAGAAGCAAAAGCUGAUAUAGUUGGCCUUUGGGCACUACGGUUCCUAAUUCACCAGGAUUGGCUUCCCAAGAGUUUGUUAAAGUCCAUGUACGUUUCCUUCCUUGCUGGAUGCUUCCGUUCAGUACGUUUCGGCUUACAGGAAGCUCAUGGGAAAGGACAAGCAUUGCAGUUUAACUGGCUAUAUGUCAAAGGAGCCUUCAUUUUGCAUCCCAAUGAGACGUUCUCUGUUGAUUUUUCAAAGGUUGAGGAUGCGGUCGAAAGCCUGAGUAGGGAGAUACUCACCAUACAGGCAAAAGGUGACAAAGAAGCUGCAGAUGUGCUUCUUCAGAAAUAUAGUAAAAUGACACAACCAUUAAAGAUUGCUCUGCAGAAAUUAGAGGACAUUCAGGUUCCUGUGGAUAUAGCUCCCAUCUUUCCCAUUGCCAACAAAAUAUUGGAAUGAAAAAAAUGCCGUAUCAACGCUGCAGGUUGUACGUUGUCAAUGGAAGAUUUGAUACAGCUGUGCAUGAUUUAGCCUUGUGGCUGUUGUAGUAAGGCUCUUACCAGUGUCUCCGGAGUUGGGUGCAACUAGGGAUCUGGGUAGUUGUUUUAAAUCUUUUUUUAAAGGUACUAUUACUUUUGAAUUUA